AAUCCGCUUGAUCGUCCAAUUGACAUUUGAGAUACCACACUUUUCUCCAAUCGAGUUACGUGCUUUGCAUUUUACUCAGACGUUGUGAUUUGCGAAUAUUUUAAAAUAAGUUUUAUCAAUUAACUAGGCGCCUUUUUUGCGGAAAAAGUGCACUAAGUGAAGCAGCUUUUGCUUUAAUUUAACAGCAGAGUAUAGCAGGAGAUCGCAACAGCAGUAAAGUUGACUGAAUCGCGGAGUUAUUUCGUUUGCAUUUACGUGGAGCAGCGGCGGCUGAACGUGUUGAAAUUGCGUGAGGAAAAAUGGUUAAGACUAAAAAGGGCAAGAAAGAGAUAGCUACCAGCGCUGUUGGAGGCGUUUCGUCCGGUGAUGAAAUGGAACAAACCGAUCUUCGAGAAGCUAACAUUGACUCCGAUGCUGAACAGGACAAUGUAAGCUUGAAGAACAAAAAGAAUCAACAAAAGACGUCAAAGAAAAAUAAGAAAAAUCGCAAGGAUUCUGAAGAAGGGGAGGAUGAGGUGGAGAGCAUUGCAUCGGCGGUGAAGAAAUUGGAUGUAAAAGGAAAGGGUAAAAACAAAGCAAAACCUAAGCACAUUGGUUCCGAUGAUGAGGAAGCUGGAGAAGAAGUAGAUGAAACAUCCGUAAAAUCCAAAAAUAAAAACAAAAAGAAAUCGGCAUUCGAGCUACUGGCGGCUGAAGAUGAUGAAAAUUAUGAUACGCCAGCUCAGAAUGAUGACCCGGAAGAGGAAGAGGAGCAGCCUUUAAAAUCUACAAAAGAUAAGAGUGCCGGUAAAAAGGGUAAAAAGUCUAAAAGGAAAGGAAAGGAUGAUGAGGAUGAAGAUUUGGACAAAAUACUAGCAGAACUACAAGCAGAAUAUGCAGGAGAAGCACCAACCGAAGUAGUAAAAACAACGAAUGUUGUUUCUCCUGAUGAUUUGGGCGAUGAAGAAUUCAACAAAAAUAAAAAAAACAAAGGCAAACAGCAAAAAGCCGGUGAACCUACACCAGCAGCUGCAGCAGAGGAGGUUGCUGAUAAUGACGACGAUGAGGAAAGCGGUACGGUGAAGACAGCUGCACAGAAAAAGAGAGAAAAGAAAGAACGACAAAAACGUGAAGCAGCUUUGGCCAAGCAACGUGGCACACAAGAAUCAAAGCAUGCUCCUAGUGAAAAUACAUCUGAGACGAGCGAAAAACCAAUUGUGCAAGAAAAGACUGAAGCUAGAGCACCAUCGGUGGAACCACAAGUUGGCGAUGAUGGAGCCGGCAAUGAAGAAGCUGGGGCAGGUGCAGAUGAAGAAACAGCCAAGGACAAAAAGAAUAAAAAGAAAGCCAAAAAGGAUAAAAAGGCAGAAGAGGAAGAAAGUAAGAAGGAUGGUAAAAAGAAGGGCAUGUCUGCGGCUAUGGUGGCUGCUAUGCAAGAACGCUUGAAGCAAAUCAAAGAGGAAGAAGAGCGGCAACGACAAAUUGAAGAAGAACGAAUCCGUCAAGAAGAAGAACGCGUACGACUUCGUUUAGAAGCUAUAAGACUAGAAGCUGAGCGAAAAGAAAAGAAGAAGCAAAAAGAAGCAGAAAGAAAAGCUCGCCUUAAAGCCGAAGGAAAACUCUUGACUAAGAAACAGAAAGAGGAGCGGGCUCGUGCCCAGGCCAUGCUAGAGGCUUUGAAGGCACAAGGCCUGGAAAUUCCAGACCCAAGUGAAAAACGAGCAGCUCGACCAGGUACUCGCAUACGUCCAAAGAAAAAGGGCCCAGCAAAUCAAGAACAAACAGAAGCUGAAGCUAAGGCUGCCGAAGUGGCCGCAGCAGCCGCCAAUGCUCAACAACAGGCAGCAGAAAAACAAGAAGUUGUAAAAGAAUCUUGGGAUGCAAGUGAUUCAGAGGAAGAAGCAAAUGGUGAUGAUGAUACUUCGCAAGCUACAACCACUACCACGAACAAUGAUGAAAAAUCCAAUAGCGGUGGCGAAACAGCAACCACUGGCGCAGCAGCAAAUGCUGAUGAAUCCUCUGAUGAUGAGUCGGACGAAGAUGAUGAUUCUGACGAUGAAUCUGAAGGCUCAGCGUCCGAAUCAGAAAAGGAGGAAGCUAUUAAUGCGAAUGAUGCCGAAGCACGUCGUUUACGAGCAGAAGCGCGUAUCCUAAAGCGCCAAGACGAUGCAGAGAAAAAACGUACGGUAGAUGAUUUGCGUGCCGCUGUAGUGUGUGUGCUUGGUCAUGUCGACACAGGUAAAACAAAAAUUCUCGACAAGUUGCGUCGCACCCAUGUACAGGACUCCGAGGCGGGCGGUAUUACCCAGCAGAUCGGUGCAACUAAUGUACCAAUCGAUGCAAUAAAAGAACAAACUAAGCCGGUUUUUAAUUCGUCUAGUUUCGAGUUUAGAUUGCCUGGCUUAUUGAUCAUUGAUACACCCGGUCACGAAUCGUUCAGCAAUUUAAGAAAUCGUGGAUCAUCACUCUGUGAUAUUGCCAUUUUAGUGGUGGAUAUUAUGCACGGCCUGGAGCCGCAAACUAUCGAAUCAAUAAAUUUGCUUAAGAAAAAGAAAUGUCCCUUCAUAGUUGCUCUGAAUAAAAUUGAUCGAUUGUACGACUGGAAAGUAGUGGCGCGACGCGACGUACGCGAUGUAAUCAAAGAGCAGCAAGCUAAUACCCAGCUUGAGUUUAAGCAGCGUUCGAAAGAGGUGAUUCUUCAAUUUGCUGAACAGGGUCUUAACGCAGCGCUGUUCUAUGAAAAUCCCGACCCGAAGACUUAUGUUUCAUUGGUGCCCACCAGUGCUAUAACCGGUGAAGGUAUGGGUAAUCUACUAUUUCUUAUAGUUGAGUUUUGCCAAAAGAUGUUGGCUAAACGCUUGAUGUACUCGGAGGAAUUACAAGCGACAGUACUGGAAGUCAAAGCCAUUCCGGGUCUGGGUACUACAAUCGAUGCCAUUUUAAUAAAUGGAAAACUGCGAGAAGGCCAAACCAUGAUAUUAGCCGGUACAGAUGGGCCAAUUGUCACACAAAUACGUUCUCUAUUGAUGCCACAACCAAUGAAGGAGUUACGUGUUAAAAAUGCAUACAUUGAAUACAAAGAAGUAAAGGCGGCGCAGGGUGUCAAAAUUGCUGCUAAAGACUUGGAAAAGGCUAUUGCUGGUAUUAAUUUGCUUAUAGCCAAUAAACCAGAUGAAGUCGAAAUUUGCAAGGAAGAAGUGGCGCGUGAUUUGAAGAGCGCUUUAAGUCAUAUAAAACUUGCACAAACUGGUGUAUACGUGCAAGCUUCCACUCUGGGUUCGCUGGAAGCAUUGUUGGAGUUUUUAAGGACAUCCAAAAUUCCGUAUUGCUCCAUUCGAAUUGGUCCCGUUGUGAAGCGUGAUGUCAUGAAGGCGUCUACAAUGUUGGAACACGAGCCACAAUAUGCAACAAUUUUGGCUUUCGAUGUAAAAGUGGAGCGUGAAGCCCAGGAGAUGGCCGAUUCGUUGGGUGUGAAAAUAUUCCAAGCUGACAUUAUUUAUCAUCUGUUUGACAAGUUUAUGGCCUAUCGUGAGGAGUUGAAGCAAAAGAAACGUGAAGAAUUCCGUUCGGUUGCCGUCUUUCCAUGCAAGCUUAAGAUCCUGCCUCAAUUUAUUUUCAACAGUCGUGAUCCCAUUGUUAUGGGUGUAAUAGUAGAGAAUGGCAUUGUCAAAGUCGGUACACCUAUUUGUGUGCCCAGCAAAGAGUUUGUUGACAUUGGCAUUGUAACGUCCAUUGAAUCGAACCACAAACAAAUAGAAAGCGCACGGAAAGGACAAGAAAUUUGCAUAAAAAUUGAACCGAUACCCGGCGAAUCACCGAAAAUGUUUGGACGACAUUUUGAAGCUGACGAUAUGCUUGUGAGCAAGAUCUCACGACAGAGCAUUGACGCCUGCAAGGACUAUUUCCGCGAUGACUUAAUUAAGGCUGAUUGGUCACUAAUGGUUGAAUUAAAGAAACUUUUUGAAAUUUUAUAAGCUUAUAAAGCAAUGCGCAUAAAUAAUAUUUAAAUACAUACACACUUACAUAUGCAUACAAUUAAAAAAGCAGCAAAUAUUGUACUGCAAUUAAAGAAAACGAACCAAGUGCUGCAGCACAUAAACGUAUAAAAAAAAAACAACAGAAACA